GCGGCUUGUCUGAAUGUGUUUGUCCAUUGACAUUUUUGGAGGAAAGGCGUUUUGUACGCAACUUCCAGGGGCGGCUCAGUCUCUGUGUGAGCUGUCAGAGUAAAGCCUCUCCCUGAGCUGAGCUGAGCUGAGCUGUACAUUUGGGCAUCUCUCUCUCUGUCUGUGUGUGUGUUAUGCAAUGGCUGCCCGGCUGAAAGUUAUUUUGCAACAUCUGAACCCUGGAGUUACAGCCUUCCCCACAUCAGGUGAAGUCACAACACAUGCUUCCUCUAGAAGACUCAACUACACUUUGGAAAGCCAACUUCUCACCCCUGAGCAGAGGCAGUUCUAUGAGGACAAUGGAUUCCUCCUUAUUAAGAAGUUGGUUUCUGAUGAAGAUAUUAAACUCUUCAGAGAUGAGUUUGAGAGGAUCUGCCGGAGGGAAGUUGAGGUUCCAAUGUUAACGAUAAUGAGGGAUGUAGGCGCUACUAAAAUGGAAUAUGUUCAGGAUCAACAGGCUGUUUCUAAGAUCCAAAAUUUUGAGAAUGAUGAAGUACUGUUUAAGUACUGCUGCUUGCCAGAGAUCUUGAAAUAUGUGGAGUGCUUUACUGGCCCUAACAUCAUGGCAAUGCACACCAUGCUAAUCAACAAGCCUCCUGACACAGGAAAGAAGACCUCUCGUCACCCAUUGCACCAGGACCUGCAUUAUUUCCCAUUUAGGCCUGCGGACCAGAUCGUGUGUGCCUGGACUGCUAUGGAGAGAGUGGACCGCAGCAAUGGGUGCCUGGUUGUGCUACCAGGGACACACAGGGGCACGAUGAAGCAGCAUGACUACCCUGAGUGGAGUGAUGGUGUCAAUAAGAUGUAUCACGGCAUAUGUGAUUACGAACACAAUCAUCCCAGGGUUCACCUCGUGAUGGAGAAGGGUGACACAGUAUUCUUCCAUCCCCUGCUCAUCCAUGGAUCGGGAACAAAUCGGACUGAAGGCUUCCGAAAGGCAAUCUCCUGCCACUUCGCAAGUUCUGAGUGCUACUACAUUGAUGUAAAGGGCACCAGCCAGGAAAAUAUUGAGCAAGAGCUUCUUGAGAUAGCACAUAAUAAGUAUGGCGUUGACGCAGACAUAACUAUGGCGGAUGUCUGGAAUUUCAAAGGACGUCUUGUGCAGGGAGAGAGACUCAAUCUGUAGAAUUGUCUGGGAUUUGGCUCUGAGUAACCAGUGGAGAACGCAGGAGGUUUACACCAAAUUUGCAUCCAUGCAUCCUCAUGAUUAAUUAAUUAUUUGUGUUUAUAAAAUAUAACUUCGUCAUGUUUAGUGUAAUUUGAAUGCACCUUACUUAUUUCAGAAUGACCUUUAAGAGUAUACACUGCUACCUGUAUUAAUCCUUAGUGCGGUAAUAAAACAGUGCUGUGAUAUAAUAUAAAGAAUGUUUCUCAUUAAAGAUGCCUGUGACGUGUCCAGCUGGGUGCUGACUGUCAUCGAUUCUGUCCUUUUGUUGUUUGAUUUUAAUUGAGUAUUCUCAGUUCUUCUAUCUGUUAAUUUAUAUUGCUGUCAAUACAAAAUUAAAUUUAGUUGAAUCCA